UUCGCCGAUCGUGUCGAACACGAGCGUGAGCAGGGAGAUGCAACCGAGCGCAAGCGGCGAGUCGUCGGAGGCGGCGGUUCUCGCCGCCCUGACCUCGAGGGGAUGGCGAAUCAAGGAGGACGACGAGGAGAUCCGAGAUCUGAUUCGUAGCCGCGAGACCGCAGAAGCCGUGGCAUCGGAGCUACUGAAUAUGGAUUUGAGGUCCUUCGGUGGGAAGUCGCUCCCCGAUCCCACCUCCCUCAAGAAAUUAGCCCAUCUCCAGGGCCCCAAGAUCUUGCAGGUAGUUUCUGUUAGGGAUAUAUAUCAAAGCAGCAUCGAUGGUUCAUUUAAGACAUCACAGCGUAAUCGACGUCUCCUAAGAUUUGCUCUAACGGAUGGGCACAAUGAAGUAAUUGCAAUUGAGUAUUCUCCAAUUUCAACUAUCUCCGAAGAGAUAUCUCCUGGCACUAAGGUUUGUCUGGAGAGCAGAAUCCCAGCACACAGUGGUAUAUUAUGUUUGAACCCCAAAGUUAUAACUGUAUUGGGAGGUUUAGUCCAAUCUCUUCACGAAGAAUGGCAAAUUAGUCAGAAAUUUUCAGGCUUUUCCAGAGCAUCUCUCAAGUUAUCCAAAAAUGAUGAUGGCACUGGUCCUCCCCCUUUUGAGAAGUUACAGAUUGAGGAAUAUCCAAACAAGGGUACACAGCUGCACAGACUUCAUGGAACUAAUGAUAGAAAAACACAAGGAGAUCAAAGUCGUUUGAUUGAUAAAAGGGAUCCUAGAGAUGCAAAAGUGAAUAAAAUUGCAGAUAAUCCGGAAACAGAUGGUGCUGAGGAUAAACCUGCUAGCUCAGAAGCCAGACCAAAAGAAGUGAGUGAAGCUGUUCCAGUUCAAAAUCAAGCUGCUGCACAGAAACUUCUGCAGAAAAUGAGUCAACCUGCUCACAAAGAAAUGCAUUCUAGAGUUCACAAACACAAAUUUAAGGCCAAACAGGAGGAAGCCGUGGUCUUCACUUUAGAUGAAUGGGAAAGGACAAAAGGGAUGAAGUUGAAGCCCAUGGUGACUGGUGAAAAGCAAGAUACUAGCUGUGAUGAGGAGCUUGCUCGACAGCUACAAAAUCAAUUAGAUUUAGAGGAUUUUAAUGCAAGCACUGGACAUUCAGAAGCUGAGCAGAUUAGGAGGAGUAUGUUUAGCUUUGGUGGUGCUGAAGAGAGGAAGACUGAUGGUAGAGGUGAGUUCAGAGGACGGGGAAGAGGAAGAGGCAGGGGAAAAAGAAGAUUUGGUUAACCUCCCAUUUUAUAAUUUUACUCUGCUGGGACAGAUGGUUUUUGCGCUUAUAAUUUUCUUCACAUCCACUGUGAUUACUACACAUCAACAGUUCUCAAGAGCCAUGGAAUAUUUUUAUCAUUAUCUUAUGAGGAGGUCAACAUCUCCUUGGUGACUUAAAUCUCAACUGACAACGUGGCUGCCUCAUCUGCUUCCUAAUUGUGAUAACGUGGAAGUUUUCGGAUGUCUUGAAAUUUUCAGUUGGCAAUAAGGUAUUUCUUUGCACCACCACAUGUUUUUGAGGUUAGUUAGCUCCAGCCAGUUUUUUAGCAAAUAGACUUUAAAACAAAUUGGAUAGAUUUUGACUGGAAAAUGCUAGACAUGCACAUAAGCAAAUAAUAAAGUUUUGGCUAAGUAAUGUUUGUGAUUAGUCAAAGCUUAUUAUUUGUAUUCCAUGAGAAAAAGGAUAUUAGCAAUAUGUAUGUAAGUACGUAAGUUUGUCAACCUUCUGAGAAAAUGAACGGGUCCGUUUAUCAAAGUAGAGAAACAUUUGUCAAUUUAUCAACAUCAUCUUUUUUUGUU